GGUGAGGGCGGGGGGAGCGGCGGCGGCCAUCUUGUGCGAGGAGCGACCGGAGGCGCCAGGCAGGAAGCCCCGAAGGAGGCCGGAGGAAGGAAGGAAGGAAGGAAGGAAAGAAAAAGGGGGGGGGAAAAAAAAGGAAGGAAGGAGAAGCCGACAGCAGAGCCUCCUGCCCGCCCGCCCGCCGCGGAGGAGCCGCCGCCGCCGCCAUGAACCCCGAAUAUGAUUACCUGUUCAAGUUGCUUCUGAUCGGAGAUUCCGGUGUCGGGAAAUCCUGCCUCUUGCUACGGUUCGCCGAUGACACCUACACAGAAAGCUACAUCAGCACCAUCGGGGUAGACUUCAAAAUCCGGACCAUUGAACUGGACGGCAAAACCAUUAAGCUGCAGAUUUGGGACACAGCUGGGCAGGAACGGUUCCGGACUAUCACGUCCAGCUACUACCGAGGGGCCCACGGCAUCAUCGUGGUCUACGACGUAACGGAUCAGGAAUCGUACAACAACGUCAAGCAGUGGCUGCAGGAGAUUGAGCGUUACGCCAGCGAGAACGUCAACAAGCUGCUCGUCGGCAACAAGUGUGACUUAACCACAAAGAAGGUGGUGGACUACACAACCGCCAAGGAGUUUGCCGACUCGCUGAGCAUCCCCUUCCUGGAGACGAGUGCCAAGAACGCCACCAACGUGGAGCAGUCGUUCAUGACCAUGGCGGCCGAGAUCAAGAAACGGAUGGGCCCCGGGGCCACGGCCGGCGGGGACCGGCCCAACUUGAGAAUCGACAGCACUCCGGUCAAACAAGGAGGAGGCGGCUGUUGCUGAACAGGAGGGACAUGAUGGCUUUGAGGGGAGGGGGGGACGGAUGGGGGGGGGCCUGGGACAGGCCGGGACAGCGGGGUCCUGCCCCCCCCCCUCCCCACCGUCCAGCCCCUUCCUCCUCCUCCUAUUUUUUUUUUUUCAUUCUCCGAAGGGGGCUUUCCGGAUGAUACCUCCGUGCCGGAGGGGACGGGGCCUUUCUCCCAGCGCAGCUGCUGCUCCGAGUUGGAGGGGGGGGGGGUCUUUAGCUGUGUGUGUGUGAGGAGGGGGGGGGAGAGAGAGGGUUCCCACUCCUCUAGGCAGGAACUGGGUGGCCCUUUCUUUUACUGCAAGGGGGGUUGUCUCAGCCCCCCUUCCUCCCCUCCUUCCCCCCCCCCCCCCCCCCCCCCAGCCCCAAAUCUCUCUCUCCCUAUUUGGUAAUCCAAAGCUGAGCGUUUCUAUCUCCACCUUUCAGUCUGCCUGCUUCCUCAUCUCCUCCUCUUCCUCCUCCUGCCCUUAAGUAGGAGAUCCCCCUCCCCAAUGAAGGCUGUUCCCACCCCCCCCAACCCCUCCCUCCUUCCUGCAUCUGUUUGACGGUGUUUCCUUUUUAUUCCACCCAAAUUUCCAUCUCUCCGUCCCCCCCGAAAGACUAUGUCAUUCCUUCCCUGGCCCUUCCUGAACCCCCUCCUCCUCCUCCCUCCUCACCCCUCACCCCUAGGGUCUUUCAACGCACACAUACACCCCAAUCCCCCUCCCAGCCACCCCUCUCCCCAAUUUCUUCCUGCCUCCCAGCACCAUCGGCCGCUUAAUAAUCCCUCGAAAUGGAGGGGGGGGAGGAAGAGGGAGAUGGGGGGGCUGUGGAGCUGGGGGGGGGAUUGGGGGUCUUCCCCCAGCUUCUGCAUUUCACGGUCAAUGAAUGUAUCUCUGCUGGGCAGCCCCUCGAGCUUGUGAAUAAUUUUAUAGGGUCUCCCUUGUGUGUUCCCCCCCCCCCCGGGCUCCCCAUUUUUUUCCUCUUCCUCUCUCACCUCCCUGUGUAUCAAUGACCAAAUGUAACCCCCCCCUUCCGCCCCCCGCCAGAUAUCUCUUCCCAUGCUGCUGGGCCGAGCCCCCUGCCCCCAAAUCUGCCCCUUCCCCCCCUCUAUUUUUAGCAGCAGGAAGUCCUUUCCUUCCCCAGCCACUUGUCUGCCCCGGUGGUCCUUUCCUUCGUCCGUCUCAUCCUCGCUCGUUCGCUCGCUCGCUGGUCCCCUUCCUCGCCCGACCCCACCCCCCCACCCACUCCCGCUUUAUUUAAGGAACGUCAGGGACCCCCGUCGCGGGGUGGAAAAGUUUUCCGUCGGCUCUCGAUUUCGUCCGCUCGUUUUGUUUUUUUUUUCCACAAGUGACAUUAUACAAAACCACAGAUACGAGAGGAAAAGAGAAAAAAAAGAAAAAAGAGGGAGGGAAAGAAAGAAAGAAAGAAAGAAAGAAAAAAAAAACCGAAUAAAACAUAACCAGCCUCUUGCAAAAUGAGGAUUUUCCAGGC